AUGGCAGUCCCGACCAGAGCAUCCCGCGCCCUGACCUUCAUGCGCGACUGCCGCUCUCGAACUCAACGGUAUGCCUCAACCGAAGCAACACCCUCCCCGUCGCCGUACGCACCCUCAAACUUCACCCGCCAAACAACACCAGCAGCACCCUCGUCCGCAUUCGACCCCGUCGACGACUCGUCCAGUCUCUCGGCUUCUGCCGCCUCGACAACCAGACCCCCCUACGCACACCCCAUCUCGCGCCCACCCCCUCCCUCAGAGAUCCCCGGCACCCGCCUCACCUUCACGUCGUGGGCGCUCUCGCUCGUCGGCAUCGCCCCCAAACCAUCCGCGACGUACACGCCCGCGCCCUUCCGGGUGACCAACAACCCGUACCGCGCGCGCAAGCGGUGGCCGCCGGAUUUCCGCACCCUCGACCCGAAGCAGCAGUUCCAUUAUGAAAAGACGUACCGCCGGCGGGCGGCGCUCAAGUGGGCGCGGCCCAGGUGGAACAAGGGCGUCAAGCUCGUGCAGCAGACGUUGAUCACGUUCACGAUCAUAUAUUUUGUGUUCAUUUGCGAGCCGGGGCAUGGGAUGGGCACGCCGUUUGAUGGGUUCCGCGUGUGGUUCUUCGACAAGUUGGGCAGAUUGGGUCAGUUGCCAGAAUCGACGAGGGAGGAGGCGGAGAAGUUGAGUGAUGAGGCGAGGCAGAAGAUGAGGAGACAGGCGAACUCAGCGCCCCAAGCGACGAAUUCGCCGGUUGCUGGCUCAUGA